GUCGCCAUGGUGACAGCGCGGCGCUGCGGCCAUGGCGGAGAGUGCGGAGACGGCCGAGGAUGCUGUAGUAGCUGAAAUUGAGAAAAAGAUUACAAAAGCUUUUGAGGUGUUUGACCGUGAAGGCAAUAAAACUGUGGAUGUCAGAGAGAUUGGUUGCAUUAUAAGGUCACUGGGUUGCUUCCCAAAUGAGGCAGAAGUACAGGAACUGCUUGACCAGAUAGAAGUAGAAGAUCCGAGUGGAUUUGUUCAUCUGGAUAAAUUUCUUCCAGUGAUGACAAAAGUACUACUUGACGAAAGAUUCCAGCCUAUUCCAGAAGAUGUUCUUCUACAUGCAUUUGAGGCUUUGGAUGAGAACAAAUGUGGAUAUAUUACCAAAGAGGACCUGGUCAGACAUUUGACUGAAGGAGGUGAGCCCUUUACUCAGGAGGAAAUGGAGGACAUGCUCAAUGUUGCUGUAGAUCCAGAAACAAAUAUUCUUCACUACAGAGACUACCUUCCAAAGCUGGUAAUAGAUUAAACAAAGACCUUCCCUUUUAAUGCCUGAGAUGCCUUUUGGUAACAGCACUGUAGCUUGACAGAUAGCUGAAAUAUGUAUUUUAAAGUAUAACAAUGCUCAGCUUGUGACUUGGUGCUUAUAAUUAAAAUAAAAUAUGUGCAGUUAUAUUUCCUUGGGUUCUGUGUGCAUAUGUAUAUAUAUAUACAUACAAAAAUAUAUUCACACCUGGAGAAAAGCUCUUGACAGAAAUACUGUGUAAGCUCUGGAAAGGAAAUCAUGGAAUUUUGUUGCAAAAUAGCAGGAAAAACAGUGUUAAUGAAGUCAAGAAAUAACUUUAUGAUUGCUUUUGAAAAACUAAUGGAAAAUGAGACCUGUAAAAUCAGGUAAUAAGUAGGUAAACAAGAAUCUUAAUGUGACUAAUACUAGUAAGAUAAAGCUUUUAUAUUUAAAUGUAAUCCUUGUUUGUGUUUAACUAAUAAAGAACUAGGCAGGCUGCAACUUUUGA